AUGAAGCGCCUGCUCAGGUGGCUCUCCCGCGUCGCCGCGGCAGACGCCUGCGCCGCCGCCGCGUACAAGCCACUCCGACCCGACGCGGCCGCGAAGGCCUCCUCCAUGGCAGCUUCGGCGUCGUCCACGGCGUUCUUCGGCGCGCGGAGGCUCGGCCGCGGCGCACGGGUGCCGGAGGGGCACGCGCCGGUAUGCAUUGGCGAGGAGGGCGGCCCUGUCGAGCACUUCGCCGUGCGGGCCGAGCUGCUGGGCCAGCCGGCGUUCAAGGCCCUGCUCCGGCGUGCCGCGCAGGAGUAUGGCUACGGCCACCCGGGCGCGCUCCGCAUCCCCUGCGCCGUGGCCAACUUCCGCCGCCUCCUCCUCGGCCUCUCCGACCCCGGCUGCCAGGCCACCGACGACGACGACUCCGCGCUCUACUAA